AUGCAGAACGUCUAUGGAUACGCUCUCCAAAAUACAUAUCAUCUUGAUUGGCGAGAUACAAUUAAUCAAAAGCUUGAAGGCGGACGAAAGGACCAACUCAUCCAAAAUGCCCUUAUAGCAUCUGUUGAACCCAAAAUUGCUCCAACUGUUGUUGCAGCCAACUCAUCCAAAGCGACUUUGGAUGCUUUGAACACCACUUAUGCAAACAGAUCACAAACCCGUGUCUUCAGUCUACGUGAUCAACUUACUCGCGUCACUAAAGAAUCUCGCUCCAUCACUGAAUAUCUUUACACUAUUCGAGCCCUUUCGGAUGAGUUAGCCAUGGUUGGUUUUCCUAUGUCAAAUCCUGUACUCAACAUCAAAAUACUCAGCGGUCUAGGUCCUGAAUUUCGUGAAAUCUCUGAUGCCAUCCGUGCACGUUAUACAGCUAUCUCAUAUGAAGAAUUGUUUGAAAAGAUACUUGACCAUGGACUCUUUCUUCAUCACGAGGAUGUUAAGAAACUUUCCAGUCCCAUAACUAUCGCGGUUGCGACUCCCACCAAAUCCAAAUCCAAUACCAAUAACCGUAACAAUUGUAGGUAG